GGCGCGAGCCACCGCCCGGGCGCCACCAUGUCGGCACCCUCAGAAGAGGAGGAGUACGCACGGCUGGUGAUGGAGGCGCAGCCCGAAUGGCUGCGCGCGGAGGUGAAGCGUCUUUCCCACGAGCUGGCGGAGACCACACGCGAGAAGAUCCAAGCGGCCGAGUACGGUCUGGCGGUGCUCGAGGAGAAGCACCAGCUCAAGCUGCAGUUCGAGGAGCUCGAGGUGGACUAUGAGGCCAUCCGCAGCGAGAUGGAGCAGCUCAAAGAGGCGUUUGGACAGGCUCAUACGAACCACAAGAAGGUGGCAGCAGAUGGUGAGAGCCGGGAGGAGAGUCUAAUCCAGGAGUCUGCCUCCAAGGAACAGUACUAUGUAAGGAAGGUGCUGGAGCUGCAGACAGAACUGAAGCAACUGCGCAACGUCCUCACCAACACCCAGUCGGAGAAUGAACGUCUCACCUCGGUGGCACAGGAACUGAAAGAGAUUAACCAGAAUGUGGAGAUUCAGCGAGGCCGCCUGCGGGAUGACAUCAAGGAAUACAAGUUCCGGGAGGCCCGCCUGCUGCAGGAUUACUCGGAGCUAGAGGAGGAGAACAUCUCUCUGCAGAAGCAAGUGUCUGUGCUCAGGCAGAACCAGGUGGAAUUUGAGGGCCUUAAGCACGAGAUUAAGCGGCUGGAGGAAGAGACUGAAUAUCUAAAUAGCCAACUGGAGGAUGCCAUCCGGCUCAAGGAGAUCUCAGAGCGGCAGCUGGAGGAGGCUCUGGAGACACUGAAGACGGAACGGGAGCAGAAGAACAGCCUGCGCAAGGAGCUGUCACACUACAUGAGCAUCAAUGACUCCCUCUACACCAGCCACCUGCAUGUCUCCUUGGAUGGCCUCAAGUUCAGCGAUGAUGCCACUGCUGCCACCACAGAACCUAACAACGACACCGAGGCCCUGGUCAAUGGCCUGGAGCAUGGCUUGGCCAAGCUGCCACUCGACAACAAGACCUCCACACCCAGGAAAGAUGGGCUCCUACCACCCUCACCCAGUCUGGUCUCUGACCUCCUCAGUGAGCUCAACAUCUCUGAGAUCCAAAAGCUGAAGCAGCAGCUGAUGCAGAUGGAACGGGAGAAGGUGAGCAUGCUGGCCACACUACAGGACACACAAAAGCAGCUGGAGCAGGCGCAUGGGGCCCUGUCGGAGCAGCAGGAGAAGGUGAGCCGGCUCACAGAGAACCUGAGUGCUCUGCGGCGCCUACAGGCCAGCAAGGAAAGACAGACCGCCUUAGACAAUGAAAAGGACCGGGACAGCCACGAAGAUGGCGACUACUAUGAGGUGGAUAUCAAUGGGCCUGAGAUCCUGGCCUGCAAGUACCAUGUGGCCAUGACUGAGGUGAGCGAGCUCCGGGAGCAGCUAAAGGUGCUACGUAGUGUGCACGAGGCUAGUGAGGCCCAGCACGCUGAGGAGAAGGGCCGUCAUGAAGCCGAGGGCCAGGCACUCACGGAGAAGCUCACCCUGCUGGAGAAGACCAGCCGCCAAGACCGUGACCUACUGGCUCGGCUGGAGAAGGAACUCAAGAACGUGAGCGAUGUGGCCGGUGAGACACAGGGCAGCCUGACCGUGGCCCAGGAUGAGCUAGUGACCUUUAGCGAAGAACUGGCCAACCUCUACCACCACGUAUGCAUGUGCAACAAUGAAACACCCAACCGUGUUAUGCUGGACUACUACCGUGAAGGCCAGGGUGGGACUGUCCAUGCCAACCCUGAGGGCUGUGGCCACCGCUCUCCUGUCCUCCUGCCGAAGGGACUGCUAGCCUCAGAACUUGGUAGAGCAGAGAGUGGGAGUGGGGAGAACAGCCCCUCACCCAGCUCCUCACUGCCUUCACCUCUAAGUGACCCACGCCGGGAGCCCAUGAACAUCUACAACUUGAUCGCCAUUAUCCGUGACCAGAUCAAGCACCUCCAGGCAGCCGUGGACCGCACCACUGAGUUGUCUCGCCAGCGCAUCGCCUCACAGGAGUUGGGCCCUGCUGUGGACAAGGACAAGGAGGCACUGAUGGAGGAGAUCCUGAAGCUCAAGUCGCUGCUCAGCACCAAGCGUGAACAGAUCACCACACUUCGGACAGUGCUCAAGGCCAAUAAGCAGACAGCCGAGGUGGCCCUGGCCAACCUGAAGAGUAAGUAUGAGAACGAGAAGGCAAUGGUGACUGAGACCAUGAUGAAGCUGCGGAACGAGCUCAAGGCACUCAAAGAGGACGCCGCUACCUUCUCCUCACUGCGUGCCAUGUUUGCCACCAGGUGUGACGAGUACAUCACACAGCUGGAUGAGAUGCAGCGGCAGCUGGCAGCUGCUGAGGAUGAGAAGAAGACACUCAACUCGUUGCUGCGUAUGGCCAUCCAGCAGAAGCUGGCUCUGACCCAGCGGCUGGAGCUCCUCGAGCUAGAUCACGAGCAGGCCCGGCGAGGUCGCACCAAGGCUGCCCCCAAGGCCAAGCCCAGCACCCCGAGUGUAAGUCACACGUGUGCCUGCGCCAAUGACAGGGCAGAGUGUUCUGGGCUCUCCACUCAGGUGUUCUGCAGCGAAAAGUAUAACAUUUACUGUGACUAA